GAUUCUACCCUUCCACCAAAAGAACUACCAGCAGUGCAAGAUGUAAUCCAACUCGUGGACAGGCGACAGGGGCAAGUGGGAUUCAUGAGUUGCGCUGGAAACAGAAGAUAGAGGGAGUGUAGGAGCUCGCCAUCUCCAAGCGAUCUACAUUGGGAAAAACAUGGAGUCGGCUCCGGCAGCCCCCGAUCCAGCAGCCAGUGAGCCGGGCAGCAGCGUCUCCGAGGCGGCCGCCGGCGCCAGGGACACCCCGGUGAACCUGGAGCCUGCCCGGAAAAGCGAUGCGCCGGCUCCCGUCCGCAGGCAGAGCUACUCCAGCAGCAGCAGAGGUAUUUCUGUAACAAAGAAGACUCAUACAUCUCAAAUUGAAAUUAUUCCAUGCAAGAUCUGUGGAGACAAAUCAUCAGGAAUCCAUUAUGGUGUCAUUACAUGUGAAGGCUGCAAGGGGUUUUUCAGGAGGAGUCAGCAGAGCAAUGCCACGUACUCGUGUCCUCGGCAGAAGAACUGUCUGAUCGACCGGACCAGCCGGAACCGCUGCCAGCACUGCCGCUUACAGAAAUGCCUUGCUGUGGGGAUGUCUCGGGACGCUGUAAAGUUUGGUCGAAUGUCAAAGAAGCAGAGGGACAGCCUGUACGCCGAGGUGCAGAAACACCGAAUGCAGCAGCAGCAGCGGGAUCACCAGCAGCAGCCAGGAGAGGCAGAGCCACUCACACCAACAUACAAUAUCACCACCAAUGGCUUAACAGAGCUACAUGACGACCUCAGUAAUUACAUUGAUGGGCAUACCCCUGAAGGUAGCAAAGCAGACUCUGCAGUUAGCAGCUUCUACUUAGACAUACAGCCUUCUCCAGAUCAGUCGGGUCUUGAUAUUAAUGGAAUCAAACCAGAACCAAUAUGUGACUACACACCAGCAUCGGGCUUCUUCCCUUAUUGUUCUUUUACAAAUGGGGAGACCUCUCCAACUGUGUCCAUGGCAGAAUUAGAACAUCUUGCACAGAAUAUUUCCAAGUCACACAUGGAAACUUGCCAGUACUUGAGAGAGGAGUUACAGCAGAUAACAUGGCAAACUUUCCUGCAGGAAGAAAUCGAGAACUAUCAGAACAAGCAAAGGGAGGUAAUGUGGCAGUUAUGUGCAGUCAAAAUCACAGAAGCUAUCCAGUACGUAGUGGAAUUUGCCAAACGCAUCGAUGGCUUUAUGGAACUGUGUCAAAAUGAUCAAAUUGUGCUUUUAAAAGCAGGGUCUUUAGAGGUUGUGUUCAUCAGAAUGUGCCGUGCCUUUGACUCCCAGAACAACACAGUCUACUUUGAUGGCAAGUAUGCUAGCCCAGAGGUUUUCAAGUCCUUAGGUUGUGAAGACUUCAUUAGCUUUGUGUUUGAAUUUGGAAAAAGUUUAUGUUCUAUGCACUUGACAGAAGAUGAGAUAGCUUUGUUUUCUGCGUUUGUUUUAAUGUCAGCAGAUCGCUCAUGGCUCCAGGAGAAAGUAAAAAUUGAGAAACUCCAACAGAAGAUCCAGCUAGCACUUCAGCAUGUCCUACAGAAGAACCACCGGGAAGAUGGAAUUCUAACAAAGUUAAUAUGCAAAGUGUCUACUUUAAGAGCACUGUGUGGACGACAUACAGAAAAGCUUAUGGCAUUUAAAGCAAUAUACCCAGACAUUGUGCGACUUCAUUUUCCUCCACUUUACAAGGAGUUGUUCACUUCAGAGUUUGAGCCAGCAAUGCAAAUUGAUGGGUAAACGUAUCACCUAAGCACUUCUAGAAUGUCUGAAGUACAAACAAUAAAACAAAAGAAAGGAAAAAAAAAAAGGAAAAAAAAAAAAGAAAGAAAACCAAGACACUUUAUAUGGCCCUGCACAGACCUAGGGAGCCAACACACUGCACAUCUCUUGGCGGUCAGGGUCAGGCGAAGGAUGGGAAACAAUGAAACCAAGUUGAACUUGUUUUUCUCAUGCAUAUGAUUUCCAUUAUGCCUACAAAUAUGGACCCUUUUUCUGUCUCAACUUUUCAAUCCUUGACUUCUGUUUACACAGACUGAGGGUACUAAUGUCAGAAGGUUGUUUUCUUCUGUAGUUCACUGCCCAGACUCUUGACAGAACAAUCAAUUUGUUGGUCAGAACAGAGUCCACCUAGUAAUCAGCGACUGGUGUGCGUUGCAGAGAUUUCAGCAUCAGUUUGCACAACUUGCUCAUUGUUUCAUGAAGGACGAUUUUUUUUCACCUACCACUGUUUGCCAGUAGACAGAACGGCAUGAAAAGGGUCCAUAGCAAUAGCAACAAUA